UCUGUAUUCACCCCAAUAAUAGCUCAAGAUGGAACUGCAAAAUCCAAAGGCUUAUCCAAACCGGAUAUUUUGGCGCUCACAUUUUUGAGCGACGUUAGUUUUGUUAAAGAAAAAUGAUUGCAUAGGGUUGUCUCGACUCUGGUUACGAUUGAGCUGUACCUCACAAUCGAAGCUGUGACUUGCCGUGGCAGCUUCUGCUGCUGUAUAAAAGGACCUUUUAUGGCCCUUUUAUGCGACUAGAUAUUCUCAAACCAGUUCGUUGUUGUGUCGCACUGACUUCUAUCAUUUGUCGUUCUUUGAAAUCUACUUGUUGGCAUCGAAUCUAUCAUCAUGGCUACCCCCUCAUCCAAGCACAACCCUGGGCAAACACCUCACCCAACCUCACCCCCUCACCCAUCAGCAGUGCCUAUGGGUCGUCCGCUUUCCCACAAGUCCCCUUCUAUUCGGACGCCUUCUGCUUCUGGCCAUGGACAUCAUCCCAGUGUUUCUUCGCAUCAGUAUCCGACCCCCAUGGCUGUCCCUGCCUCCGUGGAGGAUACUAUCGCAUUCAGCUCACCAUCAGCGCUGUUGGCUCUUGGUUUAGGCGGUAUCACGCCAUCUCCAGCAGGAAACGAUGCUCUAGCUGGAUCAGGGAUCAACGAUAAUGGCAUCCAUUCAAUGGGGAUGUCGACCCUAGGCAUGAGUGGCGCACGGGACACUGAUGAAGAGAAAACUCGCCGAAUGGAGGAAGUUAUCCGACUACUCAGAACCCGUGUUUCUGGAAGAGGCGUAUGCCGCGAGGGUAUGGAGAGGCUAGGGAAGUUUGAGGGAUUCGAGUGUUUGUGGCAAGAAAAUGACCUAAGCAUUGCCGGGAACUUUGUGGAUCUGGAGAUCCAGUUCGAAGACGGCGCAGAGAACGUUAAGGAUGUCAGCUUAAAUUAUACUACUCCAAGCACCGUGGAGGGAGAAAGGAGAGUGGAGGCCACUGCGGUUCUAAAACAGGAUCUUAUGCAGUCUACUGGAGAGCAUGACGAGAUGCCUUGGAAGAGCCUCGAUGCGUUUCAUUCAAAUUUGCAUAGACUAGCCAAAUUGGAUCAGCUCAGUCGUGAUGUCAACUGCUUCGAAGCAGUGACAGGGCUGUAUGAGAGUUUAAAACGAGUAUGGGAAGGCGAAUUAAGCCGGCAUCCAGAGAAGAGCCAUUGGGAACAUGUUUGCACAAGUCAGGUAGGCCAACCUGGUCUACACCAAAACAAAAGAAUCGGUUUGAGUCUUCAGUAUUGGGUUGAGCAGAGACGGAAUUUGGAUUCAAACCAUAAGGUCAUUCCGAAUGCCAUGAGUAUCGACCAACCCACUCCAGACGAUCAAAAUUCAACCCCUGUCAAUAAGCAUAAAAUAUGGAGCGCAGCGAUCGAGUGUGAAGAAGGCUACCCAUCAUUACGCGUGUCGAACGAAUGGGUCGCGGCUGAACCAUUUACGACUAUGAACACUGGAGGGUCGUCUUCAGCUGCUAAUGGAAACGACUCUGAGAUUCUGUUGAUCAACUGGCUGGACCCUCCUGCCACCCUCGUCACCAGCCCAAAUGACGUUACACUUGAUUCUACCGCCUUGGGCACCACAACACCAAAUCGGCGCUUUGUUGCGCGCCUGGAACCCCCCAUCCAUAUACCUAUAAUUGCAGCAGCGGAGGUAUACAGGGUGCUUGGGUUGAACAUGCCCCCGGAGCCGAAAACGGUUACAUAUGACGGGCUUGUAGUUCCACUACCCAAUGUUGUUUCGACAGGAGACGGCCAAGAUGAGAAUAGCUCCUCACCAUCUAACGGAAGAGUUCAAGAAAGGGUCGUGUAUAGCUUUGAUGACGAUAACCAACCGAAACAACACCGGCAUAUUUAUACUUUCCAUCCCUUUGAGCAUAUUGUCGGACGCACCAUUCGUGACCUCCCCUUUUCUCACCCACGACAGCUAGCUGAUAUUCUACCUAUCUUACGCCAAUACGCAUUGUUGUCUAGCCUUCUUGACAGAGUAUUUGCCAAUCAAGACAACAAAACUGUCGGGUCAAGCAACAAGUCUUUCCCGCCUAACCCGAUGGGCUCGACUACGUCAAAACAGACAUCUAAGCCUGACGUCACAUUCAUCACCAACAUCAAGCCUGUAGUAUCCAAACUUAACUCGAUGCUUUCCAGCGAUCCCAAACCCAGGAACGAUAAAAGGAGCGGCUUUGACGCUCAAUUUGCCGUAUCAUCUUCCACCCCUUCGCCAUCAAAUGAUGAUCGGAGAGUGGACAUAUCUCUGCGAACUCCAAUAUCAGGACCACCUUCCUUGUUGCUAUUAUUCAACGCGCCCAACAGAAACCCAAAUAUCUCCAUGGAAAACCCGACAACAAUCACAAUCAAUGUAGAUAUCGGACUCAACGGCAACAUCACGGUCUCGCGGGUUGCCGGGAUGUGCGAUGAUCGUAGCAACAGCGGAGGGGGCCUCACAGACGACGCCCCCGGAGCAGGACCGCGGGACCUCAGCAGAAAACUCGCAAGAGUGCUACAGACUUCUGAGGAUCUUGGAAUGCUGGUGGAAUGGGUCUUGAAGUGGAUGCGGAAGCAGAAGUCGUAAUUUUUUUUUUUUUUAUUUUCUUUUUUGAUUAAGAUGUGGCGUAUGCCUGUCUAGUAACUAUGGUAUCCCUAUCCCAAGCACAUCUCAUUCCUUCAUCCUUCAUUCCACAGGGCAGCAGCCGCCUAUCCACAAUCGGCAAAACAGUGAUGUCCUGGAACUACGCGCGAACCCCCCCUUCCCCCCCCCCCCUUCACCUGCUGCCAGGCGUAUGAAUGAAUCUAUGACCCAGAUGAAACCGCAGAUGAAACGCUUGUUUGUUGCCCAUACUUUCCCGGAUCCGCGCAGUCUAGUCUAGUGUCGAAAACGGCAAUCAAUCCUCAAGUGAGAGGUAGCCGCGUCACCCGCUCUUGAUUUCUCUGAAACAGUGGGGUUGGGGUUGAGAGAAUCCGGGGUCCCCGAAUUCGAUGAAACUUGCCGUGAAUAAUGCGGACGCGAAGAUCUAGGUAGGCAGCCCCAGGUGGCCGUGCGAAGGAAGGGGGCCUUUUUUUUGGAAAGCCGAAGAUAGAUGUUACUUGUACUGUACUAUUACAUUAUUCCAAUAUGUCUAAUCUAUCUAUCAUAACUCCCUCAAGCAGCGCACGAUUUCUUUGUCCGAUGGGAGGGAAAGGAGGCGUGUUUCAACAACUAUCUAUCCCAUGGAAGGAGAGAUAUAUAUCAUUAUUUAACCCCACAAUUUCCCUUCCCUUGCCUUCCCCCCCCCCCCAUACCUACCCAAUACCCAUCCAUCCAUACCCAAUACCAUUACUCUCACAUCAUUUUUGUGUUUACACUUGUUUGUUCUCCAGUACUCCGUAAUCAACCAGCCAAUAACAGCCGCCCGAUAAGGCGACAGAUAACCGAACCCUAAAAAAAGAAACAAAAGUGGAGACCUAAAGUUACCUAACCUAACCUAAACCAGGCAGUAACGAAAAAAAAACAGGGGAAAAGGAAGCCCAGGCCAAACCUUGGAAGUUCGUUCUUCGGGCGGGGAGGGGAGGCCAUUUUUGGUAUAGUAUGGUACGGUAUGUAUUGUACGGUAUGUAAGUAUGGUAUUUAUGUACGAAUGGGAUGAACUGACUUGGCGGCUGGCGGCGGUGUGUGUGUGGGUGUGAAACAGCAGCUGAAGAUGGAUGAUGAGACAGGAUGGAAAGGGGAUGGAUGGGGAGUUUGUUAGCUAAAUAUAAAUUGUUUCUUUUGUGUGCGUUUGCUUUCUUUUUUUUUCUUUUUUUUUUUUUUUGGGGGGGGAGAUAUUAAAGAAUAAUAAGAUACUCCGUAUAGUAAUGUAUGUAUGUACAUACAUGUACAUAAAUAAAUAAAUACAUGAAGAUAAUAAACCUGCAUGAGUUAGGGUUAAGUUGUGUUGUGGCUUGUCACUUUCUUGUGCGCUGGGAAAAAAGAAGAGUUUUAUAUCUUUUCAAGCCCCUUGGUCGUUCG